AGCUACCCUGGCGCUUGUACAAUGGGCCCAUGAACACUUUGGCCCUAGCAACGGGCAUGUUGAUCACGUGUGGGCUUAAGAACAUAGGAUUCUUUUCUCCCACUAUGAUCUGGCUAGUCUCACUGAUGAGAGAUUUAAGGAAUCUGAGUUGAAGAAAUGGUUUCAUGUCCGUUGGAAAAAUCUGACUUGAUUAAAUGGUAGAAUAAUCUAUUGACAACUUAUGUUGCCACUUGUAAGACUAGGUUGCUGUCCCACAAGUUAUUGUAUAUUUCCCAAGCCAGCAACUAAUAUAUAAUGCUAUUUCUUCCAUAGCCAGAAUACUUAGAUCUGAAAAUGAAAGUGUAAAAGUAUUGGUGGUUCCAUUAUUAUUCCUAAUGACCUACUCACAUAACUUUUGUUUCCAACCUCACAAUGUUGUGCUCUUAGUUUCCAUGGAAGGAAUACUUUUUCCAGGAAACACUAGAAGGGUUCCUUUGAAUGGAAGCUGUGACUGCCACAUCAGCCACUUUGAGGUCUUCAAGGCACUGAACCAACAAGGAAAGAAAGGGAUUACUGUAUUCGCUGGGACAAUUAAUCCUAAUCAUAAAGUGGGAAAAGUGGUGGUACUACAAAACAGAGGGAAGACCAUGUCUCAAAGAGAUGGGGUCUCAUUAUACUGCCCAAACUGGUCUUGAACUCCUGGCCUCAAGCAAUCCUCCUGCCUCGGUCUCUCAAAGCACUGGGAUUACAGAUUUAUUUCUUUUAUGAAGUAGUCAAAUGAAUCAGCUCACCCUUGACUGUAACAAAAUACUGCUUGGUGACUUGUGACAGACAGGGUUUUAACCUCUGACAGCGAGAUUCAUUGUGGAGCAAGAGCCAAUCAUAGAUCCUGACGACACUUGUCUCAUCUAAGUUGGAAUAUAAAAAGCCACUUGGAAUACAGUAUAAAAGAUUCACUGGUGUGGCAAGUUGUCUCUCAGACUGUACAUGCAUUAAAAUUUUGCUUGGCAUUACUCAAAAGCAAAAGAAAAGUAAAAGGAAGAAACAAGAACAAGAAAAAAAGAUUAUAUUGAUUUUAAAAUCAUGCAAAAACUGCAACUCUGUGUUUAUAUUUACCUGUUUAUGCUGAUUGUUGCUGGUCCAGUGGAUCUAAAUGAGAACAGUGAGCAAAAAGAAAAUGUGGAAAAAGAGGGGCUGUGUAAUGCAUGUACUUGGAGACAAAACACUAAAUCUUCAAGAAUAGAAGCCAUUAAGAUACAAAUCCUCAGUAAACUUCGUCUGGAAACAGCUCCUAACAUCAGCAAAGAUGCUAUAAGACAACUUUUACCCAAAGCUCCUCCACUCCGGGAACUGAUUGAUCAGUAUGAUGUCCAGAGGGAUGACAGCAGCGAUGGCUCUUUGGAAGAUGACGAUUAUCACGCUACAACGGAAACAAUCAUUACCAUGCCUACAGAGUCUGAUUUUCUAAUGCAAGUGGAUGGAAAACCCAAAUGUUGCUUCUUUAAAUUUAGCUCUAAAAUACAAUACAAUAAAGUAGUAAAGGCCCAACUAUGGAUAUAUUUGAGACCCGUCGAGACUCCUACAACAGUGUUUGUGCAAAUCCUGAGACUCAUCAAACCUAUGAAAGACGGUACAAGGUAUACUGGAAUCCGAUCUCUGAAACUUGACAUGAACCCAGGCACUGGUAUUUGGCAGAGCAUUGAUGUGAAGACAGUGUUGCAAAAUUGGCUCAAACAACCUGAAUCCAACUUAGGCAUUGAAAUAAAAGCUUUAGAUGAGAAUGGUCAUGAUCUUGCUGUAACCUUCCCAGGACCAGGAGAAGAUGGGCUGAAUCCCUUUUUAGAGGUCAAGGUAACAGACACACCAAAAAGAUCCAGAAGGGAUUUUGGUCUUGACUGUGAUGAGCACUCAACAGAAUCACGAUGCUGUCGUUACCCUCUAACUGUGGAUUUUGAAGCUUUUGGAUGGGAUUGGAUUAUCGCUCCUAAAAGAUAUAAGGCCAAUUACUGCUCUGGAGAGUGUGAAUUUGUAUUUUUACAAAAAUAUCCUCAUACUCAUCUGGUACACCAAGCAAACCCCAGAGGUUCAGCAGGCCCUUGCUGUACUCCCACAAAGAUGUCUCCAAUUAAUAUGCUAUAUUUUAAUGGCAAAGAACAAAUAAUAUAUGGGAAAAUUCCAGCGAUGGUAGUAGACCGCUGUGGGUGCUCAUGAGAUUUAUAUUAAGCUUUCAUAACUUCCUAAAACAUGGAAGGUUUUCCCCUCAACAAUUUUGAAGCUGUGAAAUUAAGUACCACAGGCUAUAGGCCUAGAGUAUGCUACAGUCACUUAAGCAUAAGCUACAGUAUGUAAACUAAAAGGGGGAAUAUAUGCAAUGGUUGGCAUUUAACCAUCCAAACAAAUCAUACAAGAAAGUUUUAUGAUUUCCAGAGUUUUUGAGCUAGAAGGAGAUCAAAUUACAUUUAUGUUCCUAUAUAUUACAACAUCGGCGAGGAAAUGAAAGCGAUUCUCCUUGCGUUCUGAUGAAUUAAAGGAGUAUGCUUUAAAGUCUAUUUCUUUAAAGUUUUGUUUAAUAUUUACAGAAAAAUCUACAUACAGUAUUGGUAAAAUGCAGGAUUGUUAUAUACCAUCAUUCGAAUCAUCCUCAAACACUUGAAUUUAUAUUGUAUGGUAGUAUACUUGGUAAGAUAAAAUUCCACAAAAAUAGGGAUGGUGCAGCAUAUGCAAUUUCCAUUCCUAUUAUAAUUGACACAGUACAUUAACAAUCCAUGCCAAUGGUGCUAAUACGAUAGGCUGAAUGUCUGAGGCUACCAGGUUUAUCACAUAAAAAACAUUCAGUAAAAUAGUAAGUUUCUCUUUUCUUCAGGUGCAUUUUCCUACACCUCCAAAUGAGGAAUGGAUUUUCUUUAAUGUAAGAAGAAUCAUUUUUCUAGAGGUUGGCUUUCAAUUCUGUAGCAUACUUGGAGAAACUGCAUUAUCUUAAAAGGCAGUCAAAUGGUAUUUGUUUUAUCAAAAUGUCAAAAUAACAUACUUGGAGAAGUAUGUAAUUUUGUCUUUGGAAAAUUACAACACUGCCUUUGCAACACUGCAGUUUUUAUGGUAAAAUAAUAGAAAUGAUCGACUCUAUCAAUAUUGUAUAAAAAGACUGAAAUAAUACAUUUAUAUAAUAUGUAUACAA